GUUGCAACUGCGUUCCUCGGCGACAAGCGUCCCGGGACAGCUGGCGCCACUAUACCUGGUCAUUGAAUGAAUGUACCUGUUCUUACCAAAAAAAAAAAAAAUGUAUCUGUUUAGGAAGACGACGGCAGUUUCCAAAUCUUUUUAAAUACGGUGGGGAAGUUCGGGAUUCGGCCAUGGAAGGCCGCAGAACGAAGACAUUGUGAAUACCCACGGCACCGCACGUCUGAGAAGAAAUCUGCGAAUCGUGCCCGAAAAGAAGGCUUUUUGAACAGGGUUAACGCCAUUUUGGAGGGAGAUCUCAGAAACAAGGGAAGUGGUUGUGAGGAAGGAAGACAUGGCAUUCUAUAGGGCGCAAUCUUUUCUCGUCUUCCUUUCUCUCUCCUUCUUCUUCGCUAUUUCUGCGCCUCAUUCGGCAACCGUAUCAGGUGGCGGGAGAGAAGAGGUUUUGGUGCCAUUGAGAAGGUCUGUUGUCGAGGGACAAUCACCUGCCAGGAUUUUGGUGGAGAACGACUCUUUUGUCUUGGCGGCGGAGAGGACACAAAGGAGAGACCCUUUGAACGGCUUCAAAAGUUACAACGGGGGUUGGAAUAUCAGUAAUCGGCAUUAUUGGGCUUCUGUUGGUUUGACUGCUGCUCCUUUCUUUUCGAUUGCUGCGGUAUGGUUCUUGGGCUUUGGACUGAUCUUGGUGUUCAUCUGUUGCUGUUAUUGCUGCUGCCCACGCCGUAGUUACUCAUAUUCACGCACAGCUUAUGCGCUCUCUCUUGUGCUGCUCAUUCUCUUCACCUGUGUCGCAGUCAUUGGAUGCAUUGUUUUAUACAUGGGACAAGGGAAAUUUCAUCGUAGCACUUCGACUACAUUGGAUUUUGUUGUCGGCCAAUCAAAUAUCACGGUGGCCAAUCUUCGGAAUUUCUCAGAUAAUUUGGCUGAUGCUAAGAAGAUUGGGGUGGGUCAGAUUUUCCUUCCUUCUGCUGUCCUGGAUAAGAUUGACGGGCUCGUGACGAAGCUUAACGCAUCCAUGAAUGACCUUGCUUCUCAUACAUCAGACAAUUCUGAGAAGAUUCAAGAUGCUUUAGACUCUGUGAGGUUGAUUUUAAUCGUAGUUGCAGCUGCAAUGCUCCUAUUGGCAUUUCUUGGAUUCUUUAUUACAGUGUUCUCCAUACUUGGUUUGCAAUUCCUUGUCUAUUUCUUAGUGCUCAUUGGAUGGAUUCUCAUUGCUGGAACCUUUAUCCUGUGUGGUGUAUUCCUUCUCUUGCAUAAUGUGGUCACAGACACGUGCGUUGCGAUGGAUGAAUGGGUCCUUCACCCUCAGGAGCAUACAGCUUUGGAUGAUAUCCUUCCCUGUGUGGAUGGUGCCACUACCAAUGAAUCUCUGUAUCAGAGCAAGGAAGUUACUUACCAGGUGGUGAAUGUUGUUGAUCAGGUCAUCAUGAACAUCUCCAAUGUCAACUACCCUCCUAGUGCCAGAUCUCUAUAUUAUAACCAGUCUGGACCCUUGAUGCCCAUACUCUGCAACCCAUACAAGCUAGACUUCAGCAACCGCACAUGCGUCACUGGAGAAGUCAGACUUGAAGAUGCAUCACGGGUAUGGCAGGACUAUGUAUGCAAUGUCUCGAAUGCAUCUGGAACUGAGAUAUGUACCACUGUGGGUCGCAUUACUCCAGACAUGUAUGCCCAGAUGACAGGAGCAGUGAAUGUGAGCUAUGGUUUAUCUCACUAUGGACCAUUCCUUGCUCAGCUGGCAGAUUGCUCCUUUGUUCGGCAGACAUUUAGAUCCAUAAGUCAGAACAACUGCCCUGGUCUGGGACGAAACAGCAAGCACAUCUACUUGGGCUUGGCGAUGGUCUCGGCUGCUGUGAUGCUGUCUUUGAUCUUCUGGGUCAUCUAUGCUCGGGAGAGGAGGCAUCGCAAGUACAGCAACCAAUUCGUUGUUCGAUCAGUCCAUACACCUCUUCAAGAGAAAGCACUCUUAAGUAGUCCAUGACAAUGAUCUCUAUACUCAGGUGUUCUGAUGAUGAACAUGACAUACUUUACUUGAUGUUUCUUAUAAUGUUCUCUGGGCUAUUCUUAUAUUCCAAAAAUAUUUAUGCAAUAAUGUCGAUUAUUUGGAUCUAAUAUAGUCGAUUGAUGUUUAUAGAGACAAAUCAUUUGUUUAAUGCUCGAUACUGAUAAAAGUCAUUAAUUAAUUUCAAAAAAAAAAA